AUGAGUCGGAACUUUAUCACCGCUGCUCUCACAAUUGGUGUUGGCGUCUUUACAGGCUAUUACACCUUCCAGCCAGCCUUGCAGGAGCUUGCAGUUCAAAAGGCCCAUGGCCAGCAGCCUGGCUCCUCCCCGGACACCAAGAAAGAUGCCGGCAUUCCCGCCAACGAUGCCCCGAAUGCCACUCCCAACUCCGGAGUCCCCGGGUCCGAAACGAGCAAUUAG